AUGGGAUACUAUUCGCUUGCUUUCGAAUGGGGGGAAAAUAGGAAUAGAGUGCUGAAAGUUGAUCCUCAGAGUGCCUAUGCCUUACUCGAGCCUGGGGUAUCUUACUUUGACCUCCAUGUGUGCUUGGUCAAGCACAACUUGCGGGAUCAAGUGUGGGGAGACGUGCCUGACGUCGGUGGCGGUUCGGUUAUUGGAAAAUGCUCGAAAGAGGUGCUGGAUAUACUCCAUACGAUGAUCACUGGUAAGCUGUUAGACGAUGAUGCGCUGCGGAUGGCUCACUCCGCACUGGGAUGGGCACUUUGCCGAACCCUAAAGCGGACAAGAGCAAGCCGCCACAUGAACAGGAACCAAACGAGAGCUGGCAGUUAUUUGAGUAUAUCCUCGGUCCGCAGAGUGCUGGCGUACAUGAUCACCUUUCCCAGGGACAAUGACUUGGAUCAGAUUGUGGAGAUACCCCGACCCUUGAGAAUCUCCGGUGUAAUUCAGAAUACAUUCAAGUUGGAUAACGUCCUAGUUAGUGCCGCUCUGCAGAGCCACCGCACCAAAUACACCAAUUCUGACAAGCCUCUAACCGACCUCAUGUUAGAUGAAAUCGCCCAAAACCUCACUGUCGGUCGCUGGAAUCUCUCCGGAGCGAUGUACCGCUCACUCAUUAUUCGCGACGCUCUCUGGUCUGUCAUUAAAGCGUCCUUCAGCAAGAUCGCCGGCGCCAAAGUCUAUUUCCCCGAAGAUCGUCCCAACGACAUUAUUCUACAAACCCGAAGCGAUACAAUGCAAGGUACCCCAGUCACAACCGAGCUUGAAUUAUUGCCCUAG